AUGGCAUCAAUGCAGGAUAGAAUGAAACUCAAACGUAUAAACUGUGACACAUGGUCUACACGGGAACAAUUGUGUCUUGCAUCCAGCGUAGUGAAAUCUGGAGAUCAAAAUUGGAUGAGUGUAUCUAGAUCAUUGAAACAAUUUGUUGAAAAAGACUCAUUAAGGCCUGCAGAUUGGUUUUCCCAGAAAUCAUGUGCUAUUCAAUAUGCAUAUUUACUGGAGAAUGCCGACACACCGAAGAGAAAGAAACGAGAGAGUGGUGAAACCACUAGUGAAUCCAUAGUUAGAAAAUUAACGCAGGAAAGAAUAGCAGAAUUAAAUCAGACUCUGACUUCUCAGAAGGAAGAAUACCUCCGGCUCAAAUCAGAUAUAAAUUUACUUAAGUCAGGUGCAAUAAGCGACGAGAAGUUGGAAAAGAUGUGGCUGGAUAUACAACAAGAAGAACGCGAGGCUGAGCAAAAAACACGAACUCAUAUGGCCUGGCUAGCAAAACGUCAGCAGCAACAAAAACAGGAGAUGAACUUGCCAUCUGUCUCGACUCCAAUCGUGAGUCAAAACACUCGUAAACAUACAGAAGGUACAACGGAAAUAGUACAGGAACCUGUUGCAAUGGAAUCGUCGGUGGAAAACGACGAGGAGAAGAAGAGCAAUAGAGGUGGCAGAUCACCACUGCUGACGAGUUUAUUGAAAUCGCCUAGCCCAACCACUCAGACUGUACAAUCCUUUCCAUCCACACCGGUUCAAGUAAGUUCACCAACAAUCACCAGCUUACUUGGAUCUAGUCCUAAAGUAUUGAAUGCGCAGCUAGCGCAGAAUGUGUCACCACAAUUGCAGCACUUAGUCUCAACGGCGAUAGCCAGCGCGAAUGCGACGUCAGAACGACCGUCUGUUGGUGCACCUACGCUUUCUAUGCUGCUGGAAAUGCCAGCAAAUACACAAAGAGGACCCUUAUCAAAUCUACCAACAACCACCUCUACAAUCUCCACUAUAUCUCACGCGCAGCAGAAAACAACUACGGCUGUCACCUCUGAAGUACACAACUUUCAGCAAGCAGCGCAAUCGCAAACCCAGGUUCAACAAGUGGCUAUUCAGAACAAAGUAACGACAGCAACAACGAUACCGGCAACGGUUCCAACAACUGCUACCACUCCAGUGAACGUAUCUGUAACGGAAAACAUGGUGCAGAUAAUUGAUCACAUAGAUGUAAUACGAAAAGAUAUAAUGGCAGAUGUGAUAGAUAAAGAUGAAAUAAACGAUAUCAUCGAUGACAUCGAAGAAUUGAUCAAGGAGGAGAUAACUGCUAGCCCGCAGACUCUGGAUACGAGCGGUUCGACAACUACGACGACGACAACGACUACAGUUAUCAGCAAUCUCGCAGGUGUACCUCAACAAACGACAGAAGUUCCGAUAGCGGUGACAGAACCAAGGUCACAGCCUAGAGAUGUAGACGAAGCCGUUUCACUGUCUGAUUCACCACAGAGCGAAAUGGCAAUCGAGGAAAUUGACUCUAGUACUUCUAACAUUGCCGAGAUUAUUGGAACCGUUGCUAUAGAGACACAGGAACCCAAAAUUAUUGUCACAGAAAUUACUGAUACCGUAUGUAACACAUCAGAAGUAAAGGCUGAAAAUACUUGCGAUAAAAAGACAACUUUAACAGAGAAGCUUGUUUCGGAAGUGGAAAUUAAUAAUGAAGAAAUCAAUAAAGAUGUCGCAGUAGAAGAGAAACAAUCGGACGUUGAGGUGAAGUCCGUAAGCAUUACGUCGAAUGUAGAGACCGAGAAGAGUGAGUCGAAACUCCCGGAUAAAACGAAGGAGAUGGUAAAUGAAACUGUGGACGAAGGGGUAGAAGAAGAAAACGAGGAAGAGGAAGAAGAAAUGGAAGUGAUCGCGCUCGAUGACAAAGAAUCACCCGGUAGCAUCAAAGAGCAGAAGGAGUCUCCAGAAGACACGGAAGGUAAAGAUAAUGCGGGAUUAAAUCAAUUAGAAAUAUAUUUGGCGAAAAUUACAGGGGAUCAGCAGGACGUGCCAUCCGCGGAGAUCGUCAGCGUUUCUUCAGAGGUGACGAACGAACUACCCAGUGCCGAAGACACAGAAAAAUCACAGGAUAUCAGUUUGAUUCUGGAGGACGAUGAGAGCAAUCAAAGCACAGAGAAUAAAAAGAAAGCGGUAGCGGAGGAACAGAUAAUCGAAAACACAGUGGAGAGCACUGAGUCUUUGGAAUCGUUCAAAGAGGAAUCGACAAUAAAAGAAAAACCAAUAGUAGAAAUAAAGGAGGAAUCUUCGAUAAAGUCAGAAGCUGAAGGAGCUAAUGAAGAAACAUUGGAGAUAUAUACGGAUGUGUUUAAGAAGGAAGAAAUCAAAGACUCCUCGGAAGACACUGCGAGUUCUAUUUUGCAGGAUGCAGAGAUUAAAGAAGAGGAAGUCGGCAACGAACCAAUUGAUGGAAAUGAAAAUAUUACGCACACAGUAACUAUGGAAGAAAUAAAAAGCAUCAAGAGCGAGCCACUCGAGAUUGCGACAACUGAUACAGAAAUGAAUGUUAAAAAAACCGAAAAUGUGGAAGUCAAAUCCGAGGAACCGAAAACUGAAACAGAAUCAGAAGUCACUGAUCCUUUUCACAGAAAGAGUUCGGUUCACGAUCCAUCGGAGGAGGACAAGAAGGAAAAUGUUGAAGUGAAGGAGGAAAAAGAGGAAAAAGAAGACAUCAAGAAGAACGCAGAAGGUGAACAGAACAUAAAAAAAGAAAUAGAAUCCACGGUUGGAGAAGAAUCCGUAGAAUUGGACGAAGAGGAAUCUUCAUUGAGCAAAUUGAACAGCGGUCGGGCGAUGAAGACGUAUUCUAAAAAGCAGAACGUUGCUGUGGAUAGCGAACCAGAGAACGAGGGUACUGGAGAAGGCGCGGAUUACCGCGCUUGGAAGAAAGCAGUCAUGCUCGUUUACAAUCGUUUGGCCACGCACAAAUACGCGUCAGUGUUUCUGAGACCGAUCACGGAAGACCAGGCUCCAGGAUAUCAUUCUGUGAUCUUUCGGCCGAUGGAUCUGUCAACUAUUAAGAAGAACAUCGAUAACGGCACGAUUAGGUCAACUAUGCAUUUUCAGAGAGAUGUUAUGCUUAUGUUCCAAAAUGCUAUUAUGUAUAACAAGCACGAUACGUUUAUAUAUAAAAUGGCAGUCUUAAUGCAAGAAGAGUGCUUGCAACAUAUGCAGAUAUUAGUACAAGUAACGGGAGAGGGAACAUUUCGAAGGGAGACUAGAACUGCCGCGAGCAGUAACAAUGAGGCAAAUGAGAUUAGUAUGAAGCGGAAACGAAGUCACAUAACUCCGAGUCCUCAUGAUACUGACAGUCCGCGUUCAAAAAAACGCAGAAAAUCCGAAAACGAUUAAACUGCGUUAACAAAUUGUACAUACAAUGUAAAGAUGUGCUCAUAAGUUAAAGCGAUUGAAAAAGACGAAUGUGGGAAAGGGAAAAAUAAACAUAUUUUUCAUUAACAACUUAUGUAUAAGCGUGAAUGUAUAAAUGAAGCCAAAGUCUACGAGACAAGUUUAUGUGUGAUAUAAUCGUUGUAUAAAAUUAAUUUAGCUCUCUCGUAUUUUGUAAGGCCAGUUAUAGAACUAAGAUACUUGUAUCUGACAGCUCUGACUUAACUGCUUAAUUUAACUUUUCUGUUUUCUCUUUAUCUUUAAAUAUAAUAAAAUUAUAUUAACAGGAUAAGCAAAUAAGUAAAUUUCUUCUCGUCAAAAAUGUUGAGAAAUUUCUGUUUUCUGCAAACGU